AUGAGUAUCAACCAGAAUGCUAUUAACUCAUCCGAUAAUAAUCACAACCCCGACGGGAGGAAGCAAAGUCCCCCUGCUUUUCUCGACCUCGCAGACUCGGCUGCGAGGCUGGGGACUAAUAUGCCCGACAUGUCUGCGCGCGUCGAGCUGAAGCGUCUAGAGCAUCAGCGUCAGCGCCUCUUGCAGAGGAAGAUGUUCGAGGAUCAAAUGCGCGCUUUGGAGCACCAGCAGGCUCAAGAGCUGCUCAGCAUUCCGUUUGAUCCUAAUGCCGCAGCCCAGUUUGCCGUCUCCGCGCCGACGACGCCUCCGCGGGUCAACGCCAUGCUGCACGGUGACUCCGCACUUCGUGUUGGUGUCCCCGGUCACCAGAUCGGACUUGACGUUGAGGGUCUCUCAAAAGCGGUCGGAUCGGCUUCGGACAAGAGAAAAUCGGUCACGUACGCUCCCAGCGUCAGUCGCUCUCCGGAUCUCGGGAACUCCAACGGUCACUAUGGACGCGCACCAGGUGCGAAGAGCAUGCCCGCCAGCCGUCGUACAUCUGCUAGUGAGCAUGAUGAAGAGCUGGCUGGACACCUCGAGAACCUGGCGUUGGCCGGCGAGGGCCUCGUUCGUGGUACUCCCAGCCCUGGCGCCAUCGGGGGUUUUGCAAACUCGCUGCGGGGAAGGCUUGGCGAUGAUGAUAGGGCUCGCAAUGGGCAAUCGUACAACCCUGGUAUAAUGCUUGAUGAGCAACUAGACCAAGAAAUGCACAAUGCUAUGAGGAACUUGCCUACUUCUGAUGACGACAAGUAUCAUGCUUAUGGCAAACAGAACACGACAUCGUCUGCCGCCCUGGAUCUCGCGCACAUGUCGCAAACUUCUCCGAGGAGCGCCUUCUCGGCGCGCGUCGAGAAGUCUUCUGAGUGGCCUCAGUUCUCUGGCAACCACCAUGGUCCUGAUGGCUUGAACUCUCGUGCAGACCACCGCACAGGUCCGACACUGACACUUACCUCGUCUUCUCAGGACUUGUCCGGCAAGAUGGGCCCAGGAUCUGCUCAGUUGCCUCCUUCAGCUAGCAUGCAGGCAUCGUCUCGGCGCGGAUCUCCAGGAGUUCUUGAGCUUGCUUCUACGCGUUCUGUACCCGCUACUCCCCUCUCCGGUAUCACUAACGGAGCUGGUGGUCAUCUUCUGCAUACCCCAGGCACUCCUCUCACUCCUGAUACCCAGAAUUUGAGUGGUCGUCUGUCGUCGCAAAGCCACCGUCACAUUGGUGAGGACAGGCUCGAGUCUCAGCCUUCUCUAUCACGCCUAUCGGGUCAGUAUGAUGGCAACUUCCUUGAAGACCAGUACGGUGUAGAGUCGGUUUACGGUCUCACUGCCCCAUUGGAAGAAGGCAGGCGGUACAGUUCCUAUGGCUUUGAGUCGAAUAGCCGUAUCUCGACUCCCAACAUCGAUGGCGCGACUGGCUCGACUGCUCUCUACCACCAUAAUGGCUCUCGUUAUGGACUUGGUACUGGACGCUUGAGUGACAACGGGAAGAUGAACGGUUUACACGGGCCCAAGCACAAGCGCGGGGACAUGGAUUUGAACCGGUUUGCUGGCACUCGUCUUGAGGAUCUUCAAGGCGAGAUUCCUGCUCUCUGCAAAGACCAGCAUGGUUGUCGUUAUCUCCAGAAGAAGCUUGAGGAGGGUGUUGUUGAGCAUCGCGACAUGAUCUUCCGGGAGACAUUCAGCCAUUUCGCGGAGCUGAUGACAGUUUUAGACCCCUUCGGCAACUACCUUUGCCAGAAGCUUUUGGAGUACUCCACGGAUGAGCAGCGGAACCUGAUCUGUGAAUCUGUGGCACAGGAUCUCGUCAACAUCUCUUUGAACAUGCAUGGUACCCGUGCUGUUCAGAAGAUGAUCGAUUUCCUGUCUACUCGGCGACAGAUCCACUCGAUUAUCCUCGCUCUCAGCCUCCACGUCGUAGUCUUGAUUAAGGAUCUCAAUGGAAACCAUGUCAUCCAGAAAUGCCUUAAUAAGCUCAGUCCUGAGGACAACCAGUUUAUCUACAACGCGGUGGCGGCUAACUGUGUUGAGGUAGCUACCCACAGACAUGGCUGCUGCGUGUUGCAACGUUGCAUCGACCACGCGUCCGAUCACCAGCGUAUCCAGCUUGUCAAUGAGAUCACCUACAAUGCAUUGACCUUGGUGCAAGACCCUUACGGCAACUAUGUUGUACAAUAUGUUCUGGACUUGAACGACAACCGCUUUAGUGAAGGCGUCAUUCGUCAGUUUACUGGCAAUGUGUGUGCGCUCUCUGUGCAGAAAUUCAGCUCCAAUGUCAUUGAGAAGUGCAUCCGCGUUGCUGAGCAUAGCACUCGUAAGAUACUGAUCGAGGAGGUCCUGAACCGUUCCCGUUUGGAGAAGCUGCUGCGGGAUUCGUACGGCAAUUAUUGUGUUCAGACUGCGCUGGAUUACGCGGAAGCUAGUCAGCGUGCCCUGCUGGUGGAAGGCAUCCGUCCCGUCCUGCCCUUGAUUCGCAACACGCCUUAUGGCAAGCGAAUUCAAAACAAGCUGCAACGCGAGCAGAUGGACAACUUUGGCGGUGGAUACCACGGAUCUAUUGGUGUCGGCAACCUUCACAAUUCUGGUCGUCAUCUACCUCAAAGUCUUCACCCCUCCAACCCCCCAAUGGCGGAUAUCUAUGGUGGCCAGAGUGGUCUUUAUGGUCUGCAAGGACAGGGAUCUUUCGCCCCCUCUCAUCUUGGCCCUCAACUUCACGGACUUCAGCCCUCGUCCAUUGACCCUUAUGUCAUGCAAGGCGGCUCGCCUCAUCAAGCAGGCAUGACUCCCUCGCUCUCCCAUGGAAAUGGCUUCGCUGGCGGCGUCUCUGCGUAUGCGAACGCCAGCCCAUUCGCCAACGCUGGCGCUGCUGGAUCAUUGAUCGAUCCUUACCAGCGAUCCAGCUAUGGGUAUGGCAUGUAA